GAAAAUGUUGAAAAACAUCGGGAAAAUUUCGGGGAAAAAUUUGUAGAAUUUGGGGAAAAAUUUGGGGUCUCCAAGGGCACCCACGUGCUGGUCCCGCUCGGAGGCUCCUCCCCCACCGGCUGGGAGGCGGAGCUUGACGAGGGCGUGGCCGAGCCACUGGUGGGCGUGGCCGGAAGUGACGUGGUGUGGGUGGGGCUCCGGGCCCCGCCCACGGCUCCCAUUGGUCGGUACCGGCUGAGCGUGCGCACGCGCACCGAGAGCGGCGAGUUCGCCGCGCCCUUCGACGGCGACAACGACGUGGUGCUGCUGUUCAACCCCUGGUGCCCCGAGGAUUCUGUUUACAUGGAGAAAACGGGCGAGCUCAGCGAGUACGUCCUGAACGAGAGCGGCCGCAUUUUCUACGGCACCGAGGAGCAAAUCGCCGAGAGAUCCUGGAAUUACGGCCAGGUCCGAGCCCCAAAAUCCCGGGAAUUCAGCCCAAAAAAAAUCCCCGAGGGAAAAGAGCCGGAAACGACCCAAAAAUCCGGAAUUCUCACGCGAAAAUUGGGG